GGAACUGGAGCUAAUAUAAAUUUAAAUACGAACCUCAUGUUUUAUAAGAAUAUAUCUGACAUCAAAGAGAAAACAAAUUGAAAUUCUAGUCCAUCUGGCAACUUAAUUUAAUAAUAUUUAUCACUUGCGGUUUUUAAGCGGUUCUUUAACGUGGAGUGGAUUGAUAAAAUAGAGUAAUAUUUUAAUUUAUCGAUUUGGCUGCAUUUGUUUUUUGAUCAUUCGUAAAUAAGAAAGAGGAGAAGUAUUUUUGAGUGAUUCCUUUUUUUUAAAUAUUGGUAACACUUCAUGCUGAAUAUUCUGAGAAGUUUUUCCAGGUCUGCAUCUAAUCUUGGCAUAGCUUUAAAAAUGGGUCCUAAGGUAAAAAUCGGAACACAUAAUGGAACAUUUCAUUGUGAUGAAGUUCUUGCAUGCUCAUUGCUUAAACAUGCAAAGCCUGAAUAUAAAAAUGCUGAAAUAGUUAGGUCUCGAAACAUGGACAUUUUAAAUGAGUGCGUUAUAGUUGUAGACGUAGGUGCAGUGUAUGAACCAAGCUGCCAUAGAUAUGACCAUCAUCAAAGGUCCUUUAAUCAUACCAUGAACACAUUGAAUAGUGAGUAUCCUUGGACUAUUAAACUCAGUAGUGCUGGACUGGUUUACUUCCAUUUUGGACAUGAAAUAAUCGCCAAUAUUUUAAAAUUACCAAUGGAUUCUGAAGAAGUGAAGAUCUUGUACAAAAAACUGUAUGAAAAUUUCAUUCAAGAAAUUGAUGCUAUUGACAAUGGAAUUGAACCAUGUGAAGGUUCUCAACAUAAGUACCAAAUUCAUACUCACUUAAGUGCUCGAGUAAAGCAUCUGAAUCCAUCCUGGAAUGAACCAAAUCCUGAUGAAACAAAAUGUUUUGAAAAAGCUUGCCAACUUGUUGAACAGGAAUUUUUAGACAGACUGAAUUUUUAUGGAAAAAUUUGGUUACCUGCUCGAGAUAUUGUCAAGUCAGCAGUACAAAAUCGUUUUUCAGUUCAUUCCAGUGGAGAAAUAAUUGAAUUUGCUAAUGGAGGUUGUCCUUGGAAAGAACAUCUAUUUGAACUGGAGGAAUCUCUGAAAGUUGAGAAACCCAUCAAAUUUGUUAUAUAUCCUGAAACUCUAAAUAAAGCUUGGAGAGUACAAUGUGUAUCCAUGUCUCCCUUUUCAUACGAAAAUAGAUUAUCUCUACGUAAAGAAUGGUGUGGUCUGCGAGAGGAAGAAUUAAGCAAACAAAGUGGAAUUGAUGACUGUGUAUUUGUACAUAUGAGUGGUUUUACUGGAGGAAAUAAAACUAGAGAAGGAGUACUUCAAAUGGCAUUAAAAACUCUUAAUCCUGAAUAAACUUUUUUUUAUUGAAA